AUGGCGGGAUCCUCUCUCAAGAGCUUUAUCAAGGAUGUGCGUAACUCUAAGACACUUGCAGAAGAACGUUCCAUUAUCACCAAAGAAUCUGCCAAAAUAAGAACAAAAUUAAGAGAUGAUCAUUUACCAGCGGAGAAAAAACGUAAAAACAUUCAAAAAUUGUUAUACCUUUACAUUUUGGGGGAAAAGACGCAUUUUGGUCAAGUGGAAUCUAUCAACUUAGUAGCGUCCGAUGAUUUUGCUGAUAAAAGAUUGGGUUAUCUAGCUGCAAUGCUUCUAUUAGAUGAAUCUCAAGAUCUGUUAACAUUAUUGACGAACGUUUUGAACAAUGACUUAAACAACCAUUCCAAUAAAUAUGUGGUCUCAUUGGCAUUAACCGCUCUUGGUUUCCUCUCAUCAUCUGAAUUGGCAAGAGAUGUGUAUCCUGAUGUAGAACAUUUGCUAUCGCACUCGAAAGAUCCAUUCCUUUUGAAAAAAGCAUUGCAAUGUAUGGCAAAAUUGAUAGCUAAGGAUGUUUCAUUACUAGAUACUUUCUCACCGGAAUUGAUCACGGGAAUUUUGAACAACCAUUCAUUGUGUAGCCAUGGUGUUUUAUUAGGUGUGAUCAAAGUCUUACAAUCAAUUCUACAGAGUUUCACGUCUUAUCAAGAAUUCUUAGUGGAAGAUGAAGAUGAAGAUGGAAAUGGAAAUGGAACCCAUGCUAAAGAGAAUAAGGUUGCGGAAAGUAAUCAGGAAUUUUUCAUACGUAUUUUAGAGCCUAUUAUUCCUGUGAUACCUCACCUGUUCAUGGUUUUACAAAAUUUAAAUGCUAAAAAUUUUGAGCCCGAUUUUGACGUUCAAGGUAUUUGCGAUCCUUUCUUGCAAGUGGAAUUGUUGCAUACUUUAAGCUUGUUUUUCCAAUUGGGCGAUGAAUUGGAAUCCUCAGAAAUUUUACAAUACCUUAAUAAGUUUUCUGAUGUUUUGACUCAAAUUGCUACCAAUACGGAUGCGAAUAAAAGUACAGGACAAACGAUUCUUUAUGAGACUACGAGAACUAUUUUUUCGUUAAACUUAGAUCAACCAUUACGUAUCUUGGGGGUUAACAUUUUAGCGAAAUUUCUAUCAGGCCGUGAUAAUAAUAUCAAAUACGUUGCAUUGAACACACUGUUAAAAGUUGUCCCACAGGAACCAAAGGCAGUUCAAAGACAUAAAAAAUUCAUUUCAAGAUGUUUACGUGAUUUCGAUAUCUUCAUCCGUAAGAGAGCCUUAGAAUUAACAUUUGCCAUUUUGGAUGAGGCCAAUAUUGUGGAAUUGGUGGAUGAACUGUUACAUUUCCUUGAACGUACCACUGAAGAUGAUAAAUCCUUAAUUCUCUUCACCGUGGAACGUCUUGUUGAUGUAUUUGACAUGUAUCCCAUCACAAAUGAAAAAUGGCAAUUACAAGUAUUUUUCCAAAUCAUGAAAUUGGUCGGCAGACACAUUGCAUCGGAUAAGAUUAGUGAUAUCCUUAUUAUUAUCAAUAAUGCAAAGAAUUCUACGAGUAAACGUGACGUUUUAGUGGAUAUGAUGAAGUAUUCGCUUGAUGAAAAACUGUCAUUAGAAAUUCCAGAGGAGAACGUUUGUUGGCAGUUGGCUUCCAUCUGGUGUAUUGGUGAAUACGUGGAUAUUCUCCUGGAAAGUCAGGAUGCCGCUUUAAUUAAUCAAAGGUCAUUGACUGACUAUUUGUGUCGUUGUAACACCAGAUACAAUGAGGAUAAUAGAUUGAUCAACUACACUCUAACCGCCGCACUAAAAUUAUCCGCCAAAAUUGAAGAUACCAAAUGCCUGGAAGACUUACGACAAUUAAUAGUGAGACAUACGAGAGAUCCAGAUUUGAUGCUACAGACAAAGAGUGUUCAAUAUGAAUUAAUCUUUAGGCAACCAAAAGCUGUUAAAAGAGCAAUUUUAGAAACCAUGCCCAAUUUUGAAAAACCUCAUAAACAUGAAAAGAGUUCAUCAUCGAAGCCUGUCAAGCCAAGAAAUAACCAACCAAAGGAAUCCAAUCUUUUAUUUGACCUACUGCAGAAUGAUAAUGGUUCAAAGACUUCUGGUGAAAAGAAACAACCAUCGUCUAUUCCACAAUCAGAUUUGUUAGCUGAUCUAUUCAAAGGAACACCAUCUACCGAUAGAACCUCUAGCAGAAGUAGUGCUGAUGCUAGAGGUAUUGGGCUAUUAUCACAAUCUGCAUCUGAGACUGUUCAAUUACCAACGCAGAGCGUUAAAAUUCAUGACAGUGAUAGUUUACAAGUGUUUACCCACCUCCUGUCCUGCGGUAAUGGGUCAUCUCAAUUGGAAAUGUAUUUCAAGGCAUUACAACCGAUAGAGGAGAUUCAAAGUUUUUGUGCUGUACCUAAGACUCAGAAGUUGACUAUGGGUCAGCUACAUCCUCAAAACAGUUUACAGACGGAUGACGUCUGUAAACAAUCACUAAAGAUUACAGGUACAGGUAAAUUGAAACUAAGAGUCAAAGUCAAUUUUAAUAAAAACGGCAAUCCCGUUAAUCAACAAUUCGACUACAAAUUUGAUGGAUCUUUGUAG